UCCAAAUUUUCAUGUUUCUGAAGAGAAACCACAACAGAAGAGAAGAGAGAGAGAGAGAGAGAAGAAAGAAGAAGAAGGGGUUUCUGUCAACAACACCAGCUUUCUUUUCUUUUUUCUUCUUUAUAUUUCUCCAAUUCCAUUUUUUCGCUUCGCUGUUUUUCUCAACAAACUUAACCUCCUUCCUUUCUUUCUUCUUCUUCUUUCCAAAGCCCCUCUUCGUAACUUACGCUUUCAGUAUCAGAAUCCCCCCCCCCCUAAAACGUAAACCCCUCGAUUUCGCCAACCUAGCUUUCCAGUUGGUUUUUCUUGAUUCCAAUCGAGUAAAAAUAGCACAUUUCUUUAAGCUAAAAUUGAAGAUUGAGCUUUGGAGGAUUUGAUUUUCGGGGGGGGGGGUUUUUGUUCUGCAUGUGAGAGAUUUUGGAGGAUUCGAGAGGGGGAAUUUGAGUGGUUUUGAUCCUAGGGUUUUUCGGGUUUGUGUGUGAAUUCGCAAUGCGGGAUUAGAAUCGGUGAGGAUUGGGAGUUUGAGAGGUUGAGAUUGAGAAAUUGAGGUUUUGGAUAGAGUGAAAUCGGAAGCUGGUAGUUGUUGAAGAUGAUGGUAUCGGCGUCGCCGUCGAUGGUGGCGAGGAGCUCCUUGGAGGAAAUGCUGGAUUCGCUGCGGCGGAGGGACGAGGCUGAGAAGCCCAAGGAAUUGCCGCCGGCAUUGCCUUCCCGGCCCACUUCCAAGGCUCGGCUGCCGUCGGCGCGCCGCUCCUUGCCCAACAACUUCAAUGCCGAGACCUUAAUCCGGUCGCCGGAGUGGGCCCCCAGUGUGAACAAGAGGAAAGAGAGGGAUUCCGGGGUCAAGAGAUGUAAUAAUUUUGGUGUCAAGAAGACGGAGAAGGACGCGGUGGAGUCGCCGUACGUUGCGUCGGAGGAGCAGCUUCAGAGCCGGCAAAAGGUGGCGAAGUCCGAUUGGGGUGACAACGUUGCUUAUUUCAUCAUGAAGAAACUUAAGGUUUGGUGUCGGGGUCCUAGUGGACUAUGGGAGUCAGGAACAAUACAAUCAACGUCCGGGGAUGUGGCAUUUGUGUCACUUUCAAGUGGAAAUGUAAUCAAAGUGCCCAGGGAUGAGCUGCUACCAGCAAACCCAGAUGUUCUGGAAGGGGUGGAUGAUCUUGCACAGCUUAGCUAUUUAAAUGACCCUUCUGUUCUUUGCAAUCUUCAGUCUAGAUAUUCGCAGGACAUGAUUUAUAGCAAAGCAGGGCCAGUUUUGAUUGCAAUGAAUCCUUUCAAAGAUGUCCAAAUUUGUGGAGAUGAUUUUGUCACAGCGUAUAGGAAGAAACUUGUGGACAAACCUCAUGUUUAUGCAAUAGCAGACGCUGCUUAUAAUGAGAUGAUGAGGGAUGAUGUAAAUCAGUCCAUAAUCAUAAGUGGGGAAAGUGGAGCUGGGAAAACGGAGACAGCAAAAAUUGCAAUGCAAUACUUAGCUGCUCUUGGUGGUGGGAGUUGUGGCGUGGAACAUGCAAUCCUUCAGACCAACUGUAUACUGGAGGCAUUUGGAAAUGCAAAAUCAUCCAGAAAUGAUAACGCUAGCCGAUUUGGGAAGUUGCUUGAAAUUCAUUUUAGCUCAGUGGGAAAAAUAUGUGGUGCUGAAAUUCAAACCUUGUUUCUAGAAAAGUCAAGAGUGGCUCGACUGGAAAAUGGUGAGAGGUCGUACCAUAUCUUUUAUCAACUUUGUGCUGGUGCUCCAUCAAUGCUUAAAGAGAGGCUGAAUCUGAAAAUGGCUAGUGAUUACAAGUAUCUUAGUCAAAGUGGUUGCUUGGCAAUUGAUGGUGUAGAUGAUGCUCAGAAGUUUCACAUGCUCAUGGAAGCGUUUGCUAUUCUUCAAAUUUCUGAAGAAGAUCAACUACAGGUGUUUUCUGUGCUGGCCGCUGUGUUAUGGCUCGGAAACAUAUCAUUUCAAGUAACGGACGAUGAAAAUCGUGUGGAAGUUUUGGCUGAUGAAGCUAUAACCACUGCUUCCAGGCUGAUGGGAUGUAGUGCCCAGGAGUUGAUGCUAGCUUUAUCCACCCAUGACAAUGCUGUUGAGGAUAGUAUUGAUAAGAGAUUGACGUUGCAGCAGGCCACUGAUGCAAGGGAUGCAUUAGCAAAAUAUAUCUAUGUGAGCUUGUUUGACUGGCUUGUAGAACAAAUUAACAAGUCUCUUCAAGUGGGAAGAUGCUGUACUGGGAGAUCCAUCAGUAUACUUGAUAUAUAUGGGUUUGAGUCACUACAGAAGAACAGCUUUGAACAUAUGUGUACUAAUUAUGCAAAUGAGAGGCUGCAACAACAUUUCAAUCGCCAUUUAUUAAAGCUUGAACAGGAGGAAUGUGAAUUGGAUGGGGUUGAUUGGACUAAAGUAGAUUUUGAAGACAACCAAGAGUGCUUGGAUCUCUUUGAGAAGAAACCUUUCGGGCUACUAUCCUUGUUGGAAGAGGAAUCAAACUGCUCAAAGGCAACUGAUUUGACCAUUGCUGAUAAGUUUAAGCAGCACUUGAAUGGGAAUUCUUGCUUUAAAGCAGAGAGAGGCAGAUCUUUCAGUAUUCGUCAUCAUGCUGGAGAGGUUCUAUAUGACACAAGCGGCUUCUUGGAAAAGAACAGAGAUUCUUUGUCCUCUGUUACCAUCCAGCUCUUGUCAUCAUGCUGCAGUCAGCUUCUGCGAUUGUUUACCUCCAAAGUGCUUAAGCAAGUCCAGAAACCAGCAGCUACGUCUUGCCAGAUGAAUGCACUGGACUCUCCAAAACCAAGUGUUGGUAUUAAGUUCAAGGCCCAAUUAUUUAAACUAAUGCACCAGUUGGAGAGUAGCACACCUCAUUUUGUUCGCUGCAUAAAGCCAAAUAGUAAGCAGCUUCCUGGUGUGUAUGAAGCAGAACUUGUUUUACAACAGCUCAGGUGUUCUGGAGUUUCAGAGGUUGUUAGGAUAUCACGAUCUGGAUAUCCCACUAGAAUGACACAUCAAGAAUUUGCAGGAAGGUAUGGGUUCCUGCUUCCAAAGGCCACUGUUGCUAAGGAUCCAUUAAGUCUAUCUAUUGCUGUUCUACAACAGUUCAGUUUCCUCCCUGAAAUGUACCAAAUAGGCUAUACGAAAGUGUAUCUUCGAACAGGGCAGAUUGCUGCAUUGGAGGAUAAGAGAAGUAAAAUUCUCCGAGGAAUAAUUGGUGUUCAAAAGUAUUUCCGUGGUUACUGGGCUCGCCGUCAUUUUCAUCAAAUUAAGGAAGGAACCACAAAAUUACAAUCAAAUGCAGAUGUUCCUGGUGGAAAUGCUGGAAGGAAAGCUGAUGCUCUAAAAACUAGACGGAAAUCCAGCAGGAAGAGUUCUGAAGUGAAGGACAUGCCUUCAGAAUUAGAACAACUACGAAGGCGAGUGCUUCAGGCUGAGGCAACUCUGGAGCGAAAGGAAGAGGAAAAUGCUGAGUUGCAGGAGCAGCUACAACAGUUUGAAACAAGAUGGUCAGAUUACGAGGCAAAGAUGAAAUCAAUGCAGGAUGUCUGGCAAAAGCAGAUGGCAUCUUUGCAAGUGAGUCUUUCUGCAGCCAGAAAGAGUCUUACUUCUGACAAUACAGCUUGUCAACCUGGAAGAGUAGAUGUUUGUUCACCUCGAUAUGAUUCGGAAGAUGCGCUCUCAAUGGGAUCUCGGACUCCUGGUGCAAGCACACCUAUCAAUGGGGUAGCGCGUGAGACAAAUGGUACUUUGAAUGCUGUCGGAAAUUUGGUGAAGGAAUUUGAUCAACAGAGACAAACUUUUGAUGAUGAAGUGAAAGCUCUGAUUGAGGUAAAACCUGGGCAUCCUGAUGAAGAACUAAGGAAACUUAAACACCGGUUCGAGUCAUGGAAGAAAGAGUACAAGGCAAGAUUACGAGAGACAAAGACAAAGCUCCAUAAACAUGGGCAUUCAGAAGAGGAAAAGAGGCGAAAGAAAUGGUGGGUUAUCUAGAUUUAGAUGAUCAUCAUUGUGUGCUAUGGACCAAGAGUGAGAUACUAGGAGGAUGACUGGAGAAAGUAAAUCUCUCACUUCUCUCAUUACUAUCCCUGUUCAUAAACAUGGGCAUUCAGAGGAGGAAAAAGGCGAAGGAAAUGGCUGGGGAAUGAUAAGUGCAAGAUCAUCCUAGAAUCUAGAUUUAGAUGAUCAUCAUUGUUGUGCUAUGGACCAAGAGGGAGAUACUAAGAGGAUGACUGGUGAAAGUUAUUCACUCAGUAAUCUCUACCUCUCCUUGUUCAAGAGCUGCUCUGUUUAUACAUAUGGUAGUACAUAUUGGUGAAUCGUGGUGUGGAGUAGUUUAGGGAGAGAAAUUUGUAUAUCUACCAAAUUUUUGUGACUUGGUGGGAACAUUGAGAAGCAUGUGCAUAGCCAAUUAGGAAAUUGUUUAGUGAUUUCAGCCGCAAUUCCUUCUUUGAGUAGUUUAGGUUGUUUGUGUAUAUUCUGUUGUCAUUGUUGUAGUUUGGUACCAUGUAGAUCUUUUUACUGAAGAUGUGGAAGGUAAAUGUUGAUAGUUCCCCCUUGA